UUCAGGUGUGGUGGCUCCUUAUAUACCAACUGCAGAAAUAGGAAUGAAGCUAGCGUUAAUAGGUUGUUUUAAAGACCAUAUUGUUGGUGAGGAAUUGAUUGCUGAUUAUCUGUUGUAUAUCUUGAACAAAGAAAAACGUUUUGAAUAUGUGGAAAGCUUUGGCCUCAGGAACCCUAGUGAUAAUGUGAACUUCGUCAUGAGACAGUGGGCCAAAAAACUAAAUGCUACAAUAUCAGGUGGAGUACCAGAUUACCGCAGAGCUCAUGUUGAUUUCCUCAAAAGGUUCAGAACAGGAAUGUUGGGACACAUACUUCUUGAUCGUCAGUUGCUUAGGGAAAAACAAAAAAACUUUUUGCCAACAAGUUUUGGACAGUAAAUAUAUUACCAACAAGUAAAACAAAAUAGAUUGGGUUUGAAUGUUAGAGUUCUAAGACUUGUAAUUUGAAAAGAUCCUCCAGGGUUUUUUUUCCCUCUACUUUAUGUGUAUAAGAUUUGGUUAACACUAAGGGCAAAUCUCUCAAUUACCUAAGUCCUCCAUGAUAUUCUGGAAAUUGUAUGGCUUUCACUACUUUGCUGAAGAAUUCUUUGUCUACUUGUGCUGCUGACCAUAUUAUUAAUGGAAUGCAAUGAUUGGAAACAUUUCUUCACAGCACUUUGAGGGAGGACAGGUUUCCCCUCUGAUAUCCUCUACUUAUGAAUGCAGUUCUUAACUAGUCUCUCCUAUUCAAUCUGUCAAGGAUUCCAGAGGUUAAGAUAUAAACAUGAAAUACUAUGCACCCAAUAUUUAGCCUUGCAUAAAAUUACUCUGUAAAAAUUGGGAACUGGAACUUCCUAAGAUCCUAGGGGUAGGGAUAUCUUAUCUUCUGUAAUUACCACAUAACAGUUAUAGUGGGUGAAAAUUGCAAGUUGGGUACAUGAGUUCAUAAUAUCCAUUUAAUGUUGGCAUUUUAAUCUCAUGAACACAGCAGCUCCACACUGAAAAAUUCUUGACAAAAUUCCUUCUACUUUUAACUAACUGGAUAUCUCCAAUCAGCAAUAAGUUAGGUUAGAAACGGACCACACUUUCUACUGGUUCACCAGUUAUGACAACCAAUUACAUUUUCUAAAUUUGUCAUAAUUGAAUUGAGAGCAUACUCUGGACUACCAACAAGGACAUGAAAUUUAAAGUCAUUUUUGUACCGCAAAAUGCUCGACUAAAUUCCUUCUACCUAUUCCUAACUGGACAAAUCCAAUCAGCAGUAUAUGAAUUAAGCAGUAGAUCACACUUUGUAAUGAAUUAACAGGGUAAUAACCCAUGCGGAAUAUGGGGAGAACACAAGGAGUAGCCUUCACACAUAGUAAUAAUUGUCAUUCAAUCACCAAACAGAGUAGCCUUACAUUUCACCAUUUUCAGAAUACACAUUCUGCCAAACCAUUCAUCUUCUGAACCAGUAACAAACACCACUGAUACAGAUUCAAUUGGACCUGAAGCACAAUAUUCACAAGUACUGCUGGGAAGGUGUCACAAAUUUAAUAUAAGACAAAAGCAUGAGUUACUAAGGAAUAUAUCUCUGCUUAGAAAUUGAGAAUAUGCUCACCACAGAUAGAGGCAAGCAUUGUAAAAUUCAUUAUCAAUACCAUAAUUAGGUGAUCAUUGUAAACUGACUACUUGUGAAAAGUUGAUUAUACAAUGUAAUAUUUCUUAAUAUGCCCCCUAAUAUAAGCUUAGACCAUACAUGCACAAAGCUUUACUUAUCAUCGAUAAGCUCAUCCAACAAGAAUUGACCAGCCUUUAAUUUUCAACAAGAAAUACAGUAAUACAUUGCUAUCUUGAACCUUCCUAAGUUGAUACCUUUUUAACUCAAACAAGAUGUGAUUUUCCUUGGAUUUGAACCCAUUUUUCAGUCAUUUACUAUCAGCUUAACUCUAACUUGGUUACCUUGAACUCCCUUUUACCUUAAACUAAUUUUACUUACCCUAGAUUCAAAAUUACCCUUGUAACUUGACCCUAAAAGAAAAAGUAGGUUUAUAAUGUCAAAGUGUCAGAGCAUAGCUCAUUUACAAGUCCUAAUCCUUAAUCCCAAUUAAUACAAAUGAAAUAUAAGUUAUUUAAACACAAAACAUUCAGCUUAACUUUCCAAACUAAAGAUUCUUUAAAAAAAAAGACAACAAACUUAAUGUACAGAAAUGGCAAAUGGUAGAAAUAUAAUUCCUUGUUGGUAAUCAACAGGAUACCAACCCCUAAAACUCAAACU